CCUCUGCAGUAGGACUCCAAGGUGGCGGUGGCGAGGGCGCAGGCCGUUGGGGCGCCUCGGAGGCAGGUGAGUCCCCGGACCUGGAUUUUGUGUCUUCGGAAGCGGGGCCUUGGACUUUGGACGCCUCGCGGAACCGUGCAGCCCUGGGAUUUUAUUUAUUUAUUCACGAGAGACACACAGAGAGAGACAGAGACACAUGCAGACAGAGGAGAAGCCGGCUCCAUGCAGGAAACCCGAUGUGGAACCCGAUUCUGGGACUCCAGGAUUGCGCCCUGAGCCAAAUGCAGAUGCUCAACCACCAAGCCACCCAGGCAUCCCGUUAUUUGACCACUUUCAAGAAUUAUUAUCUAAAUAGUUUUAUUUGAAAACUAUGUGUAGUCAUUCUAUCUGUUGCCAGCAUUAUUUUUCAAUUUUUGCUUUCAUUUGGUCUAGGAGACAAUUUAUUUCAUGCUUAUAUAUAUUUAUGUGUGUGUGUGUGUAUGUGAAUUUUUUUUAGGUGACUAUGAAAGGCUUAUAUUUUCAAAAGAGUUCUACAAAUGAAGAAAUAACAUUUGUAUUUCAAGAAAGGGAAAAUCUUCCUGUUUUAGAGGAUAACUAUGUGAGACUUCAAGUUAAAGCUUGUGCUCUAAGCCAGAUAAAUACAAAGCUUCUGACAGAAAUGAAGAUGGAGAAAGAUUUCUUUCCUGUUGGGAGAGAAAUUGCUGGAAUUGUGUUAGAUGUUGGAAGCAAGGUAUCAUUCUUUCAACCAGAUGAUGAAGUCGUCGGAAUUCUGCCCCUGGAUUCUGAAGACCCCGGACUUUGUGAAGCUGUUAGAGUGCACGAGCAUUACUUGGUUCACAAACCAGAAAAAGUUACAUGGACAGAAGCUGCUGGAACCAUUCGGGAUGGAGUACGAGCCUAUACAGCGCUGCAUUAUCUUUCUCAUCUCUCUCCUGGAAAAUCAGUGCUGAUAAUGGAUGGAGCCAGUGCACUUGGUAUGAUAGCUAUUCAGUUAGCACACCAUAGAGGAGCCAAAGUGAUUUCAACAGCAGGCAGCCUUGAAGACAAGCAAUGCCUUGAAAGACUUAGGCCUUCUAUAGCCCGAGUCAUCGACGUUUCUAGUGGGAAAGCCCAUGUUGCUGAAAGCUGUUUAGAGGAAACAGGUGGCCUGGGAGUAGAUAUUGUCCUAGAUGCUGGAGUGAGAUUAUAUAGUAAAGAUGAUGAACCAGCUGUAAAAUUACAACUACUACCUCAUAAACAUGAUAUCAUCACACUUCUUGGUGUUGGAGGCCAUUGGGUAACAACAGAAGAAAACCUGCAGUUGGAUCCUCCAGAUAGCCAUUGCCUUUUCCUCAAAGGAGCAACGGUGGCUUUCCUUAAUGACGAAGUUUGGAAUUUGUCAAAUGUGCAACAGGGAAAAUAUCUUUGUAUCCUAAAAGAUGUGAUGGAGAAGCUAUCAACUGGAGUUUUUAGGCCUCAGUUGGAUGAACCCAUUCCGUUGUAUGAAGCGAAAGUUUCCAUGGAAGUUGUUCAGAAAAAUCCAGGAAGAAAAAAGCAAGUUGUUCAAUUUUAAUUUUGUUCUUUCUCAGACCUCAGUUGGAUAAACCCCUUCCAGUACUUGAAGCCCGAGUUUCCUUGGAAAUUGUUCAGAAAAGUCAAGGAAGAUAAAAGCAGUGUCCGGUUUUCCUAGGAGUCAAGAUACUCAAGAGUUACUUUAAGUUUUUGAGAAGUUAUUUGAAAAAUCAUUGCACAAAUGGUCAAGACAAUUCCAUAAUUAACAUCUAAAGGGAUCAUUCCGAAAUUACUUCUUGCUGGUUUCUACACAUUUGCCUUUGUUACAAAAUCCUUCCCAUGAAGAAAAUUGCUUUCAGGAGAAGCCGCGCUACUCUAUUGAUAAAGUUGUCCGUGUUUGGUGUGUUAGAAUAACGUGGUUACUUUUGUAUCAAC